UCUGGGCGGAGCACUGGGGAAGAACAGGCGGGGCCACACGAUCUAGGGCUGCAGACCUCCUAGGAAUGCGGAAGCAGGAUGUUUGCCAGAAGGAACUCCGCAGAGGAAACUGGACCAAACCGGCCUGCGCCUAGACCGACCCGAGCCGGCCCUUCACCAGCUAGCUCCGUCCCCCUUACCGUAGGUUCGCGGCCGCCAGGGGUGGAGACUUAACAUGCUAAUGAGACACGCCGGGCAGGUGGAGGCACGUGCUGCGCACUGCGCCUGCGCGCCAACUUCCGGUGUCUCCGCCCCCGCCAGCCGGCCUCCUCCGCUCCCGCCUCAGCUGCUUUGCAAACGGCGGGCCGGGUUCGGGUGCCUGCGGGGCUCCAGCGCCUGGCGCCUCCCCCCUGGUGCUGCAGGAACCCCGGGAACCGUCGCCGGCCCCUGUCGCGGGCCCAGGUCGAGUUCUGUUGGCGCUGAGAUCCCAAGAGCCCCGGGGUCGGGAUCGUACUUUGGCAACCACGCAGCGACCCCAAGAGGGCGCCCCGAUGAGUGGCCGAGGGCCCGGCGCCCGCGGACGGCGGAGGGAGGUACCCCCUCGCGUGCGACUCCCCAGCGGCCCGGAGCCGGAGUCCCGCGUCCCCGCGGCGAUUCCCCGAGUAUUGUAAAGGUCCUCUGGACUACCAUCCGGACGGAGACAGGAGGGUCUCCGACAUCAGGAUGGAGACCCUGGAAGAGACCUAUUCCAGCAGACCUGACCUUCAAGACAAACCCCUUGACAAACUGGAUAUGGUGUCAUUUAUGGACGGGAACUCUUGUGGAGGGAAGAUCUGGAAGGCAGGCUGCAUGAUCGUGAGCCUGAGUAGCGCUCUCCUCAACACUUGGUCCACCCAAAAGGUUGAACUGUUAGCCCUAAUUAGGGCCUUGCAGUUGGGGGAAAGAAAAGAUUAAAUCUCUAUACAGAUUCAAAAUACGGGUUCUGUGCCCUUACAGCGUGCCCAUGUGGCCGUCCAGAAAGACAGGAAUGUUAACAGCAAGAAAUUCACCAGUGAAACAUAGGGACCUAAUUUUCAGUUUCCUGGGCACAGUGCAGUUUCUUUUUCAGGUGGCGGUGGUCCAGUGUGAAGUUGUCAAAAAGACGUGACCUCUGUAAGCGAAGAAAAUAAUAACAAGGCUGACUAAUCAGCUGUCCAAAUGGUCCACAGAGCGCAGGAACCAGAUCAGAUGCCCACCACCUUGAGAACUGGCUUCUCUGAGUUCCCCAACCUUGAAUGCUCCCCGCUGGAAUGGGGGGCUGCAGACAGGGAUAUACAGAACGAGGUGCUGGGGGCUUAGGAGAGAGGACAAAAUUCUCAUUCCAGAAACCCAACAGUAAGAGCCCAAACAUUCACCUGAUGCCACCCGUUAUGGAAGACAUGUCCAAUGGGACUUGGUGCAAAAGGUCUUUCUAGGAUAGAAACUUAGACACUAAAACAGGUUACCCCUGCCUGUGACUUCUGCACCCAAAUUAAGCCACAGAGCCAUCCGGUCUGUCCCUCUUAUCAUGCUGGCCCAACCCCGGGGGGCAUGUCCUGGGGACGGGCAAGUCGACUUCACCCAGAUGCUAUCACUGGCAGCCUACGGGGAUUAUCUUGAGUUUGUUGCUGUUUUUGCUUCCCCACCCGGGUCUGGAAAGGUCUGUAAAUCCCUCCUAAAAGGGAAUUCCCAAGUCUCUAAACAGGCUGCCUUUUACAGCUAAAGGCCCCCAGAGCCUUUCGGCAGCCCAGGGAAUGAGUUAUAAAUCACAUGCCCCCUGGCAGUCCCAUUCUUUGGGGAAGGUAGAAAAGAUGAAUCAGACCCUUAAAAAGACGUGAGUCACACUCUGUUGAGAAACUGAAAAGCCCUGGGUCAAAUUGCUUCCUCUCACUACUCAGAGCCCCACCGCCAGUAAGACUCCGUGCAUCUGAAAUGACGUGGGCGACCGACCCUUCCUCCAGCCUGAUCCCACCACACUGGAUGAUCUUCCCGGCCUGCAGUCUGUGGUGAAUCUGGCCAAGUGCACAAAGCUGGUUGGGCUUCUGCUAAUCACAGGCUGCCGGCAGCCCCCAGAGUCGCUUAGAAGAGACCGCACCUCUGCAAAGUGAUCCGGGGCAUCAGGCCCUCCUUACAACUGGGAAGGAGGGCUGCCCAGACAAAGUCAGCUGCGGCCCACGAGGAAACGUCCUUAUCAGAGAUGCCCGGAAGGCCGAGAACUCCCAUCUUCCGCCUGUGAGCCCGUGGAAGACCCCAGACACCUGGUUCGAGAAGCGACCUUCAGAGUCGGAUAAGUAAUUCUAUCCAGGUGGAUUCGUUUGCUGACUUUUUUUUUGGUUGCCGUGGUUUUCCUUUUUCUUCUCUGUGGGGACCAUUUUGGGUCACCUCCACUCUCUGGCACAGACCCGUUCUGCCCCUGCUGGGUCUAGAAGGUAAAACCAAUGAUGGGAUGCGUGACGUGGACCCCUCUCUUGGCCCUUCUCCUGGGGAUGAGUUGGGAAGAAAAUAACAAAGGGAGGGAAACCUGGGGAGAAAACUCAAUUGCCAACUUGUCUAACAUUAUGGCCUCGGGAAAUAAUCUCUCUAAUUGUUGGAUCUGCCAUCCCCACCCACAGAGGGGGGCUCCUAAGCUCCAGUUUGUACCCACGAAUGAGGAUGUUCCUCUCACGUUGACUUCUGGACCCGUUAGGAGCAUCCCACUGCUGGUGGGGGAACUCGAGGAUCGCCAGGAUAUGGCGUGUGUGACCCUUACAGAUACUUGGAACCAAACGGGCCUCCAGGUUAAGCGCCCUCUUCUCUGUAGAGAACAGGGGCGGCCCUGCUGCCCCUGCGAGACCAGCACCUGCCUUCCCCGGGCGGGGAGCUCGCCCCCCAUUUUCCCUAUGUCCUUCUCCACGGCAAGCUCUUCGUGUGUCCCCAACCGGACGCACUGGUGUGUGGACGCCUCCCUGCUCCCGCCCGGGGACCAGCCGAACUUCUCCUGUACUUUCUGGAAGGGAACAGCUGCCCCUUCCUGGAGGCUCGCCUACCAGACCCCAUCUGCCUUCAGUAGCCACGCGGGAAUAGAGGAGGACGCAGAGCUGGGCGGGGGCCCGAUGGACGGAGGGCCCCUGUCGCCCAGGUGCAAGAGCACGCCCACCUGGGGGCCCCUUUUACGCAGCUGGUUUAACUCUCCUGCGGCCCGCCGGGCCUGUGCCCCCCGAGGACACCUGUUCUUCUGUGGCCCGCCCCAGAAUAAACUGCCCUGCGAAGGGAGCCCCGGCUCCUCCUUCUCCAGGCCUCUCCGGGCAGUGGCCUAUUCGUGUGUAGACAACGUCCACUUCCGGGGAGAGUGCACUGUGGGGCGCGUGCGCCCGGAAGGGUUAGCCGCCGCCAUACAGAACCUCACCUCUCAAGCCAGACGGAAGAGAGCCCUCGGGCUAAUCCUGGCGGGGACUCCCCUCCGGGACGGGGUUUCCUUUCAGGAGGCAGCCUUAGAAAGCCUUACCCAGGUCAUGGAAAACGCGGCCUCAAGCUCUGGUGACCCCUCAGAGGGCCUCCAGGAGCCCCCGGAUUCCCGUGACGAUAGGCUGGCUCUAGAUUAUCUCCUGGCCACACGAGGGGGCGUCUGCGUGGUAGUGAACGACACGUGCUGCACGUACAUCAACGCCUCCGGGGAAGUCGAACUGAACACUCAGGAGGUUUCCAGACAAGCCGGGUCGCUGCGUGGGUUCAAGAGCCCCAGUGCCCAGACCGUAGGGCUCAGCGGGCACUUACCUAGCGUUGCGUGACGCCUUCCUUCCCGGGCCUCUGGCGGCCAACCCUCUUUUGUUAAUCUUCAGACCCUACCUCCUUCAUUUUUUGGUUAAGUUGGAGUCUUCUCGAAGACAGCAGUUUCCUGUCCCACCCAUCCAGCCCCAAGAGGGACAAGGUCCCUAGCGAUGGGUAGAGCAGUCAGCGAGAGCUUCUUACUCCUCCAGGCAGGACAGGGUCAACGCCCCGCUCAGCAAGAAGCAGUUUCAGAAGAUGAGACCGCCGGCCCCUCCUCCUUAGGACUCAGGGGGGUAAAAUCUCUCAGGCGGAAUGAGGUAGACCAGGCGCGUGUCUGGGACCCCCUCCCCACCCCAGCCACCACAAAGCCCAUGCUCUACGAGGGCUGAGCCCUGUGCUUUUGAACAUUUAAUCUCACAGGGAUGCGGGGGCAGGGUGUUUUCCAGAAGGAACUCAAAUGAAGAAACCAAACGAAACCAGCCUGUGCCAAGAUGGACCCCAGCGCUGGCCCUCACCUACUUUUAUCUUCAUUAAAUACCAAUAAUUGCAGCCGGGGUGGAGACUUCACUUGCCAGUGAGACACCGGGCGGAAGUGUGUUCUGUCCUCCUGCGCCUGCGCCCCAGCUCCCUGUGUCGCCGCCUCCACCUGCUGCCUCAGCCCCUUCACAGGCCUUGCCGGUGUUUGUUCGGGAAGCUGGCGGGGCGUCGUUCGCGGCGCUGCCCCCCUGGUGCUGGAGCAUAGACCCCAAUAAACGCUGCCGGAAUCGUU